AUGCCAAAGAAGAAAAAGUCUUCGAGGUCUGUUCGGGUUUCUGUUCCUUCUAAGUUCGCUCGCGUUCUAGCUUGUUCUUCGGGGUCGGGUUCUCAAGAUGAAAGGACUUCUGUUCCGGUCAUCGAUGGGUCCUUCUCUCCUUCGGUUGUGGCUGCGGAUUCUCCUAAUCCAGUUGAGAUGAAGAGUGAGCUUACUCCGUCUCCUGGGGUCUCGUUGGGGUCUCCGAUUUUCACUUCAGUUUCGAUUCCUCAAGUUCCAGCCGAUUUGGUUGAGGCUAAGGGCAAAUCUGCUCAGCUUCCCGAAUCAAAGGAUUGUAUGUCUUCGGCUUCUUGCCUAGUGUCUGAGAUCUCCUCCACUGUGGCUCCAAGCAAUGCAUCUCCAAUUGAUGUUCACAAUUCCUCAAGCAGCCUACCUCUGUUGGCUGAGACGAUUCCUUCCUCAAUUGAUCUUCCGUGGGCUUCUAAGUUUAAAGCUUCCCUCAGAAACUUGAAACAGAUGGAUCCUCCUUCCUUCCUUGAAGAUGGUACACCAGUAGUGGUGGCUCCUCCUUCAGUCCUUUUGAAAUCGGCUGCGAUGUGGAAAGGACAUAUUGUUGCCCAGUUUCAUGGCUUAUGUCCUCCUCCAGGGAAGAUAUUCACCGACUUGAAUCCGAUUUGGGGUAAGUUUGGUAACAUAACGGUCAGAAUUUUCUCCGACACUGCAGCGCUCAUCUACAUACCUUCGCCAAAUACGAGACAGUGGGUUGUGGACAUUGGGUUUUGGCAAGCAGGUAACUGUUCGUGUACUUGUUAUCAUUGGUCCCCAGACGGUCCUCUCGAGAUAAAGGAGCUUCAGACUGCUCCAACUUGGGCAAUUUUAAGGAAUGUCCCUCCUCAGCUUUACUCAUUAGAAGGAAUCAGUGUGAUUGCUAGCGGUAUAGGCGAGCCACUGCAUACGGAGAAGUCCUGGUUGGACCCGGUAAACAUUGGUUUCACAAAGGUGAAGGUGGUUAUAAACUUGGAGUCGACCUUGCCUUCUACUGUUGUUGUUCGGGAUGUGCAAGGUAAUAUUGCUAAGGUUAAGGUGGAGUAUCCUCGACCUCCCCCGAAGUGUUUGAACUGUGGGAGAUAUGGUCAUUUGCUGAGUCGAUGUCCAAAACCACUGCAGAAAAAACUCCCUUACAAGAAAGUCAAGCCUGCAGGGUCUAAGGAAAUUAAUCAUCCUACUAUCUCUCUUAAUCCUUCACAAAGGACUGUUGGUAACCUGGGGGUUGAUGAGGGUUCGAAGGGUGAAGCUGCUUCAUCAAAAACCAAAAGGAGACGUUCUCGGUCCAAGAAGCGUUCUUCUAGUUUGCCGCCAAAGUUGAUUGGACCAUUACUUGAUCCUAAGGCAAAGAAUAGUUCGGGGACGGCUACUGGAGCAAAGCUGAAGUGGGUAGCGAAGUCGGAUAUAAAGCCUACUUCUCAUAUCCAAUCCAGUAGUAAGCCCAUUCCUGUUGAGGGUCUGAAGUUAGUGGUUCAGAAUCAAAUGCCGGUGGAGAAAGUGGAGAGUAAAGCAGAAAUAGACAAGGUUCAGGUUCCUGCUUUUCCCUUCCCUCCUGACUGGGACAGUUUGUCAAAUAAGUCAAAGAAAAAACAAUUAAAGAUCUGGCAUAAUCGGGUGCGGUCUGCAAAUCUGAUAGCUCAAACAGCGGUUCGGGAUGAAGUCCCGAUUGAACCGUCUCUUAUCUGA